UUCAAUGUAAACGUACCUUACAAAUACAUACCUAACCAAAAUUUUAUAAAUGUUCAAAUAAUCUUUUAAUAUUCUUUUUUUGAACGAUUGUAGUUGAAUAAGAAUCGUUUUAUCUACUUCUUUUUUUUGUAAACACUGAAUUUAUGAUAAACUGUAACUUAAUUAAACGAUUUUAAAAAUGGAAGAUCUUCAGAAAUUAGAAGAAGAGGCUAAGGCAAGAGCAACAAAAUAUGUGUCAAAUUUGUUACAACGACCAGGUCAAUUGGAGAAGAUUGAUAUGUACAAACGUAGAAUUAGCCGGAAGAAAGCUUCCGUAGAAACUAUGCUCAAAACUGCAAUGCAAAGUCAAUUAGAUGGGGUUCGUGUUGGCUUUGAACAACUUCAAAGUUCCUUAGAGAGUAUUGCUUCCAUAAAACAGGAUUUAGAUGAUAUUGGCAAACUGUUUAGUCAGGUUCCAGAGCUAAGUGCAAAAUUACAAGCUGUCCAAGAAGAAAAUAUGCGUCAUUCACAAUAUGUCACAGCUAAAGAAAACCUAAAGCACACAUUUACCUUACCUGAAAGCGUUGAAAUGACUAAACAGUGGAUAAAUCAGGGCAACCUUUUGUAUGCUCAUCAGAUCAUUAUGGAUCUUGAAAAUUCCAGAGACGAUUUGCUUUAUGAACUUCAUAAGCUUCCAAAUCAAUCACCAGCUGAUACAGUUAUGUUAAAAGCUUAUUUAGAAGAUGUUGAAAUGCUAUCAGAAUUAAUGGAAAAACAAAUCAGACUGGUAUUAAGCAGAACAUUGAACACAGUUAGAAAAGAGCCUACUGUUAUUGUGACAGCUUUAAGAAUAAUAGAAAGAGAAGAAAAAGCAGAUCAUUUUGCCAUUCAAAGACACAAGCAAAGCGGAUUCAUACCACCGGGGAGACCUAAGAAAUGGAAAGAUAUGGCAAUGAAAGUUUUAGAAAAAUCUGUAGCUAACAGAAUUGAAGGAACUCAUGUCGAAGAAAGGGUAGAUAAUAAAAUGUGGUUGGUUAGAUAUCUAGAACUUACGAGACUUUUAAUCUUGGAGGAUUUAAGGGUUGUUAAAACUCUUUGUGAACCUUGUUUUCCACCUUGGUGGAACAUUGUAAGAACUUUUGUGAAAAUGUAUCAUACAAGUUUGUCCUUGCAUUUAAAGGACAUAAUUGCUAAUGGCUUAGAAGGAAACGAAUAUGUCUCCUUGUUAUCGUGGAUCAUGAAUACUUAUACUGGGCCAGAAUUAAUGCAACACCCUGAAUUAAAUAUCGACACAAGUGAUAUCGGUCCUUUGUUGAGCCCUGAAAUUAUAAGCGAUCUUCAAGAAAAAUACUUGAAGAAUAUGUGCCAAAAUUAUGAAGAUUGGAUGAAAAAGACUUUAGAAACUGAGAAAGUUGAUUGGUGGUGUGGAAUACUGCCAGAAGGAAGUACUCAGGAAGCAUACUAUCAUACAGCAGCACCAGUGAUUAUAUUUCAGAUGAUCGAUCAAAAUCUUCAAGUUACUAAAACAAUUAGUACUGAAUUAACAGCCCAAGCUAUUGUUCUGUGCAUUGAACAAGUUAUUAAAUAUGGAUUUAUGUACAGACAAGCAAUAUUAGAAUUUAAAAACAAACAUUUUGAGGACAGAAGUCAAGUACCUUACUUUACGCAUCAUAUGAUUACUAUUGUUAAUAACUGUAUACAGUUUACAGAACUUGCACAACAAAUGAAACAGCUUUAUUGGGUUUCCAAUGCUAGUGGAGAUGCUACUGUUAAAUUUGAAAAUUUAUUGUCAAAUUAUCAACAGUUAAGAAAUGAAGCGGUAGCUAUACUACUGGAAGAAUCAUUUUUAGAUUUAGAGUUACAAUUUCAAGAUUUAAUUACUCCCAAAUGGUUAUCAUCUCCAAUUCCAGUAGAAACAAUUUGUGUAACCUUAGAAGAUUAUUUUCAAGAUUACAAUCAUUUGUGUCCAAAAAAUUUUGAGUAUGUAAUUACAGAGGCACAAAACCUUAUUGCAAAACGUUAUAUCUCUGCUAUGUUGCAGAGAAAGAUAUCUUUGAAAACGUAUGAUGAAUGCUUAACGUGUACUUCAAAAAUAAUGACAGAAGCAGAUAAAUUGAAGAACUUUUUUGAUAGAAUAGCUCCAAAGUUAGGAAAUUUUAAUUCUCCUUUUGAAAUAAUCAAACGUCUUGCUGAAGUAUUACGUUGUGAAGAUUCCGAAAUUCUUUCUCUUGACUUACAUUCUUUAGUUGAAAAAUAUCCAGAUAUGACUGAAGAUCAUUUAGUCAGAUUAUUGGGUCUUAGAGGUGACAUUUCUCGUAGUGAAGCAAGAGAAAAAGUUUCCUAUAUCUUAGAAGCGCAGCGUAAUCGUAAAACUUUACAAACUCUUACGCAUAGUAUAUUUAAACAAAUAGUUAUACAAGACAGUUUUCUUAGUUGGAAACCUUAAAAUUCUAUAUUAUCUAAUGAUUUGUAUGUAUGUACAUAGUAUAUUAUUCAUGCCUAAAAAUUUUUAGAUUCUCUUUGCAGGUAAUUAAUGCUAAAUUAUGAUUUAGUAAAUCUAAUAAUUGAUUCACUGCCUUAGCCAUAGAAUUGAUCCAUUCACUUCAAUUAUGAAUUUACAUAGUUAUUAAUAGAACCGAACUAAUAAAAUAUAAAAAAAAGUUAAAAUUAUAGCAACAGCAAAAAAAAG